AUGGCCCAAUUAGAAUUGGAUUUAUUAGCGUUAGGUGCGCCCUUAACAAUAACUACUGGAAUUGUCGAUGCCUCAUAUCAACUACAAACAAAAACAACGACAGCACAACGUCCUCAGCGUGAAUGUCGUCAACGUAAACGUCCUUAUGAUCCGAGUGAAACUGAUCAAUUACCCCAGCAUCACAUUAAACGUACAAAAUCGAAUAAUGAGAAUGAACGUUUAUCAAAAUCGACCGAUGAAAAUCAAACCAACACAAACUCCUUUCGUUUUAUAAAACAAGCUACAAUAUGUGAAAAUAAUCAUCAUGAGUCAAAUGAAUUAAUCAAUGGUAGCAGUGGCAGUAUUAUUAAUAGUAUAUCGAUUGAUGACGAACAAACAUGCGAUUCACUUAGCUCAGAAAUACAAAGUGAUAGUGAAGAUAAAGAUACACCGAUACCAACAGUUCAUGAUAAAGCCGAUGAAAACAGUGAUAACAAUGAUGAUGAACUAUCAAACGAUUCAGACGAACAACAACGUAACAAAGCCCCACCUGUUCAAUAUUUCUCUAAAAUCUCAACCGAUCAACGACCAUUUAUUUCUGUUCUCAAUAAACCUUCAGAACAAUUGAGCUCCUAUCCGAAACAUUUGCGUAAACAAAUAAAACGUUUUCAUUAUUUGUAUGAUCAUGGUCUACGAAAAUCAAUUGAACCAACAAGAGUACCAGAAACAGACGAUAAUGAAAUAACAGUGAAUGAAACAAAUGAUCAUACUGAUUAUCUGACAACAAAAUGGGAAUUACGAAAUACAUUUAAUCGUUUAGAUUUGUUUAAAGAAGGCUAUUCGGUUUUAUCCAAUGAACAAUUUCCAUUUUAUUCGUUAUGCUAUAUGUGUGGUUCAGUGGGUAAUGAUUUAAUUUAUUGUAAUUGUUGCUGUGAAGCAUAUCAUUGUUACUGUUUAAACGAAUUAGAACGACCAAAAUUAUUUCCAAUACCUGAUUCAUGGCUAUGUCCGAACUGUAAUGUAUGUAAUAUAUGUGGAUUAUCCGGUCAUACAACAAAUACUCUCAUUGCAUGUGCCGAAUGUAAAAAAAAUUAUCAUCUCAAAUGUAUCAAACGUGGAUCUAACAAAUAUGAACAAAAUCAAGAACAAAUAACAAUUAAUAAUAAUCAAAAUCCUACCUUAAAAUCUUCGUCAUCAUCAUGUUCAACCGUCUUUUUUCGUAAUCAAACAUGGUAUUGUCCGCGAUGUAUCAAAUGUGAUUGUGGACAGUUACUUACAUGUACUGAACGUAAUUUAUUCUCAUCAUUUCAAUCAAAAUCUGUUAUUAGUCAACAAUCAAUGAUGUGUAAAGAUUGUUUAACAAAUUUAAAACUAAUGAUUGGACAAAAUCGAAAAUAUGAUGAUAUUGAAAAAUGUCAUCUAUGUGAAAAAUUUAUUGAACAAAUGAUAACAAAACAACAACAUAAACAAGAAACAAGUCAACUAAAUUUAAUGCAAUGUCAACAAUGUAAAAAUCGUUUUCAUCCAAAAUGUGAUGGUUAUCUUGUUGAAGAUUGUACAUUAAUCGGAUAUAUCAAAUCAAUUUGUUUUAAUAUUGUUUGUUCAAAAUGUAAUUCAAAUGAAAGAGAUAAUAUUAAAAGAUUAAUUAUUGAUUAUAAAUUACAAGUGAUAAAAAGUAUAAUACAAAAUAUUUCGUCGACAAUUUCGAUAAUGUUAAAUGAUACAUCAAAUUCUCCACAACGUUAUCUUUGUCGUUUACAACAAUUACAUGAAUCACGUGGACAAUCUCUUAAUUUACAUGCAUUUUUGAAUGAUCUUUUAAUUAUUGUUCAACGAUUACUCGCACAAAUAAAUAUUCGUCGAUGGCAAGCAGCUAUUGAUGGUUGUAUUGUUCGACAAUGUCCAUGGUUUAAAACAACAUUUAAUAAUAAUCAACAACUCUACUAUUCUAUUGAUUCUAGUUCAAAUCAUCAUUCACCACUACUACCACCACCGACUCAAGAUCAUAACUAUUCACUUACUAAUGAAAACUAUUUAAUGAAUUUAAGUUCAAAUUAUACAUCAUCUGAAUCAUUAAUUAAAUAUAUUGAUCAAGAUAAUACGACAUAUGGUGAUUUUACUAAUUUAUAUCAAUUAGAUACACGUAAAUGUGAACUAUGUCAGACUUAUUCCGAUCGUUUAUCACCACCAAAUAUUGGUCGUCUAAUAUCAAUUGGUUUUAAACAAUGGGUUCAUGUUGGAUGUAUUCUAGCUGCCUAUAGUAGUCAAAAAUUAUCUCCAUUAGAUGAACCACCAUAUAUUCUAAGAAAUAUAAAAGAUAUUAUUAAACAAUGUCAAUCAAAGUAUACAUGUCAUAUGUGUCAUAAACAAGGUGCAACAGUUAUGUGUUGUGAACAAGAUUGUAAUAUAAGAUAUCAUUGUGAUUGUAUUCAAAAACAUUAUGCACAACAACAACAAAUACCAUCACUUAAUUUAGUUAAUGGAACAUUAGCUAAUUUACAAACAUAUUGUAUUAAACAUUAUAAAAAAAUGAAUGGUGAAACAACAACGAAUGAUCAAAUAGAAAGGAUAAGCACAGAAACAAAACAAACAAAUUUAUCUUCCAAUAAUAUUCCUAUAAAACCGGUUAAAUCAAUUAAUUUAUCAUCAACUGUUUAUGGUGAUUUAAAUCGUGAAUUAAUUGGUUUGAAUUUAGAUGAUCUUAAUUUAUGUAUUGGCUCAUUACAAAUUCAUUCAAUUGGAAAUUAUGAUUUAUUAUUAGAUGAUGAUUUUGAUAGUGACGAUUGUGAGAGUAAUUCAAGUGAUAAUGAUGAUGGAUCGGAUGAACCGACAAUUAGUAAACAUUUAAAAUUAUCACAUAUUUAUCCAAAUGAUUAUCAUUCAUCUCGUCUUUAUUGGUCAACAAAAUGUGCAAAAAAUAUGACAGUAUAUCAUUUAUAUAUAUCAUGUGAAAGUAAUUAUCAUAAUAUAAGAGAAAAUCAUCAUAAUUAUGAACAUGGAACAUCGGCACAAGAACGACAACAAAUAAUUCAUGAACAGUGUCAACAAUAUUUCAAACAAUUACAAAUGAAAAUUGAUGAACAUCGAAAAGAAGUUAAAAUAUUAUCAUCAUCAUCGACAGAUAAAACUACGACACAUCAACAAAAACAAACAUCAAAUAUACAGUUGAAUAAAGAGAAGAAAAAGGCAAAUAAUAAUAAUAAUGUACAGAAAAAGACGCGUGAAUUAAUGUCAUCUGCAUCUUAUGAAAAUACAUCAUCAGUGGUGAAACGUCAAACACCAAAAUCAGCUAUUCAAAAUAUUCGUCGUCCAAGAGAUAAAAAUCAAUGUCAGAAACCAUCAACAAAAAUAAAUCAUCGACCUUCUCCAAAUAUUAACAAUAAAAAUUAUUCUAAUGAUAUAGAUAGUGACAAAUUUAAUCAUCGUAAUUCGUUAACAAUGAAAGCAUCGAAUCAUUAUUGUCAUAAAGUUUAUUCACCAAAUAAAACUAAAGAAGUAAUGAGUGUCGAUUUUAAAACAUUGCAACAUUUACUACCUAAUAUUUCAAAUAGAGAAAUGUCACCAUCACCAUUUGCUAUUCUACUAGCCAAAGCUUUACAACAAAUUCAACCAACAACAUUAGCAAUUGGUCCACAACCACAAGCUUCACUCUCUCAUGCUCCCAUUCUCAGUUAUUAUUUAUCUAGUCAACAGCCGAAUAAAGAUGACAAUAACAAUAAUAACAAUAUUAACAAUAUUAAUAAUAAUCAUAAACAACAACAACAUUCAUCCACUAAUACGGUGGCAUCUGAUCAAUUAUUACAACAUUUAUGGAAAACAAUGAAUUCAAGUAAAAAACACAAUGAAUCUUCUCAAAAUCAACAACCAUCUAAAACUUCAUCAACAUCUCAUUGGCGACAUAUGCAACAGCCAAAUCCAUUGAAAAAACUUCAGACAAAUAAUGAUCGAAUAGUCCAAUCAAAUCCCCAACAAACAGUUGAUGUUGUUGAUCUAAAAAUCAAAUCAUAUCAACAGAUAGAUCAAGUUGAUCAUCAAAUAAAGAAUCAUCAGUUGGAUACUAUAGAUUGUCUAUGCGUAUCAGAGAACAAUAAAGAGUCAUCGCCCAUUGUUCUAGAAGCCGAUAGUGUUCUCUUGACCGAUAUUGUUUUAUCAAAUAAACAUAAACAGAAUGAACAAUUUCCAAAAGAUUGUUUACCACAAUUGGACGGAUGUUUUGAUGUUGAUAUUGAUCAUAAUAAUGACGUUGAUAUUGAUGAUGUUAGUCAAAUAAUUGAGUCAUUACUCGAUCAAAUUGAUCAAACGAAUCGUCAACGAUCAACAAGUGAACAUUCAUUAGAUUUAAAUGGAGAAUAUCAAUUACUUGACUUAAAUAUUGAGUUAACACCAAUAUCACCUACUAAACUCCAUCAUCAAUCACCAAAAAAAGAACAAAAAUGUCAUAAAUUAAGUGAAGAUGAAAUUAUUGAGGAAUAUAAACGAUGGAAAAAAUCGAAAUACGUUCAAGUUAAAUUUCGAAUUCAAAGUGAUGAUGGCUAUGAAAUUUUAUCCGAUGAUUUAAAUCAAGCAUGGGCAACAAUUGUUAAUUUAGUUCGUGAAACACGUGACGAUAUGAAAUUAACUCAUUUACCGUUGACACUCUACGAUGGUCAUGAUGCAUUUGGUUUAAAUAAAACUAUCGUAAAAACAUUAUUAAAACAAUUACAAAUAUGUACAAUAAAAAAUUAUUUUCAAACACAAACAACAAAGAAACCGUUGAAUGAAUCAUCAUCAAUAUCUCCUGUUCAAUUACCAUUGUCCACAUCAUCAUCAUCAAGUCUAAAAUCAAUGAAAAUGAUUGUAAAACAAAAUGAAUGGUAUAGAAAAUUAAUUUUAUAUAAAAAACAAUUAAAAAAACAACAUCGACAAUAUUCAAAAACAACUAUUUAUGAACGAAAAUCUCACAAGAGACAACGAUUUGGAUGGUUAUUAAAUCCAUCAAGAAAAAUUUCCUAUGCAAAACAAACAUUUGAAAUUGAUGAUGCACUGAUACAUUCAAGACGUAUUAUCUUAGAAGAAGCGUCGGUUAGUUUACGUUUGUAUCAUUUACAUUAUUUUUCUGCACGAUGUUUAUUAGUUGGUCAUUCGCCUAUACAUGGUUGUGGUCUAUUUACAUUGAUUGAUAUUCUUGAAGGACAAAUGAUUAUUGAAUAUUCUGGAGAAGUUAUAAGACCAUGUCUAACAGAUAAAAGAGAAAGAGAAAAUGAAGGAAAAGGUUUUGGUUGUUAUAUGUUUACUGUUGAUUCAAUGCAUGUUAUCGAUGCAACACAUCGUGGUAAUAAAGCACGUUUUAUCAAUCAUUCAUGUGAACCAAAUUGUUUUUCUAAAACAGUUUUAUGUGGUGGUAUUAAACGAAUUAUUAUUUAUGCUCUAAAAGAUAUUCAAAGUGGAAAAGAGUUAACAUACGAUUAUAGUUUUCCAGAAGAAGAUGUUAAAAUUCCAUGUUGUUGUCGAACAGAUAAUUGUCGAUUAUAUUUAAAUUAA